AUGAACGCACUCUUCGUGACAAUAAAAGAGAAGAUAGACGGGGAAGUUCUAGACGCAGCGGGGCCUCAAUUGAAAGUAGUGGCUACGAUAUCUGUAGGACAUGACCAUUUAGAUGUAGCUGAAUGUCGGAAAAGAGGGAUUCGAGUUGCCAAUACUCCUGAACUAUUGACAGAUGCUACUGCGGAAUUGACGUUAGCACUUCUACUAUGUACAUCACGACGUUUACCAGAAGCGUUGAAUGCAGUGCGCGACGGUGGCUGGACUAAAUGGUCUCUCACUUGGAUGGUUGGCCCCGGGUUAGCAGAUGCAACAGUCGGCAUCGUCGGUUUCGGCAGAAUUGGUCAAGCUGUUGCCAAACGAAUAAAACCAUUUCAGGUGGCUCGGAUUCUCUAUUCUAAUAGAAGUGAACGACCGAACGAUAUUGGCGCUACUAGAGUCACUUUUGACGAACUAUUAAAAGAGAGUGACUUCGUCAUAUGCUGUAUAGCUUUUACGCCAGAUAGCAAGGAAAUAUUUAAUAGAAGUGCCUUCGAAAAGAUGAAGAAGACUGCUAUUUUUAUUAAUACUAGCCGCGGUGGAACUGUUGAUCAAGCGGCGUUGGUCGAAAUAUUAAAAGAGGGUAGAAUAAGAGCAGCUGGCUUAGAUGUAACGACACCUGAACCUCUGCCAUUAGAUAGUCCCUUGUUGAAGUUGAAGAAUUGUGUCGUUCUGCCACAUAUUGGUAGUGCUACUAUCGAAGCUACUAAUGCUAUUGCAGAAAUGACAGCUAGAAAUAUAUUAGCUGGUUUAACUGGUGAUAGAAUGCCGGGUGAAUUAAAGUGA